CACCAGUAUUCUACGCGCUGUGCUACCCGCAAUUUCGACGGUUUCGCUACGUGCUCUUCGCACGCGUCCGGUCACUGUUAAAUUACUUUCUUUUCCGUUUAAUGUAAGAAUAGUAUUGUUUAACUAUAAUUACGAGUUUCAUAGAGGAACACGAACAAGAAUUUUCCGAGAUAUAUUCGUGAACAGCGUGAAAUAUUUAAUGCAGUGUUUACAUUAGAAAAGUUAUCGAAUUUACAAUUAUGCUACGAUAGUGCGCGAAACUGAUUUUUACCAACUUAGUAGAACCCGUUGUUGUGUUUGUCGACGAAAAUAGUGAUAAUUGUCCGCACCUUAACAAAAUUCAAGCCUGAGAAGCCUGAAUGGCACCAAUACUCUUUGGAGGAUUCUUCAAUGUCUGGACUCGUUGGAUCUUUACGCGUCUUGGAGGACACUUCCGGGAAUGCAACGCAACCUUACCGAAGGAAUAGCCUCGCCAUAUCGUUGCAUUCGAAUUUGUCUGGCUUCACAUCUGCUAACAAUCCAGAAAUCACACCUUUCCACGUCGUUGAUUCGGCACGAAGAAGGUUCAGCAAUGUCAGCGACGUGGUCUCCAGGAAGAUCUCUCACACGAUACGAUGGAGGACGGUUUCAGCUUCUGUUGAGCUCACUGUGUCACAAGGCUCCUCGCUGUGCGCUCAGUAUAUUCGAAAUCGUUUAAAACGGUCCGGAAUCUUUCACCGAAAGCUCGGCCUGAAGAGGAUGAGGAGCGUCAUGUUGCUUCCUGGUGGUACCGUCGUAGGAGAAGUUUAUCCAGAGUUAAUAUCGGUCGGUGCUGAACUCGAAAAAAUGCACCCGAAUUUAUUCAAUCGUGUCGCCAGACAAAUCGGCUGCAGCAGCUUCUCGACGGAACAAUCCGCCAGCGAGGCCGUGGCCGAUGUCUCCAGAGAGAUGAUCAGAAACGGAGAAAUGACCUGGAGCAAAGUGAUAGCCCUCUACGCGGUCGCAGGUGGCAUUGCCGUGGAUUGUGUGCGUCAGGGUAAACCUGAAUAUCUACUCGCCAUACAGAGAGGUAUGACUGAUGUUUUGGAAGAGGAUCUUGCCGUAUGGAUACAAGCAAACGGUGGAUGGUCAGCUUUGGCGACACGGUACAGGCCUGUGACGGAAGAGACGACAUGGUACACGCAUAAGUUUGUACUAUUAUUUAUAUUUACAAUGUUAUCAGUUGGUAUGGUCUCGAUACUUUUGAAGUUUUUAAUUUUAUAACACUUGUUGUAUAUAGUUUCGUAGACAUUUAUUUAUUAUACGAUCUUUUAUUUUAAAGAUUAUUUAUAAAAACUUUUUGUAUGAAUUUUGUACGUCAU